AUGCUGGAGCCGAGCUCAACCCCCGUCGAUAACAGAACAGGGGUCACAACACAACAUCACAAUGCUAGCAACAUAACAAUUACAAACCCUCAUCAAAAACCACCAUGUGAAGAGAUGAAAACAGGUGUUGCUAAUGACGAUGUUGAUUGGCUAUUUCGUGGCAAAUCGAAAAAGAUUGUCAAGAAGUUGGCUUCCAAUAAUGAGCAACAGAAGGAGUCUAAAACUCAUCAAGAUCAUGAUAAACAAAAGGAUAUACAACAAAAGGGAUCUUCAUCGGAAAGGAAGAGAUCACAAGAAGAAGCACCCGCUCAGCAAGGAAAUGGCACCACUACUCAAUCGCCAACGCAACAACAACAAAGAAGACGUUCAAGUGAACGGUCUCAAGAGGUACCUCCAUCCAGUACAUCAGCACACAAGACUAAAUCAAAUGAGAUGGCUGCUGCGACAACAACCACUAAACCAGCCACAUCAGCAGCAUCUGCCUCAUCUGUUACUACACCCCCUACUUCUCAACCGGAAAAGACGUCGAAAUUAGACCGAUUGAUGGGACGAUCUCGUUCUUCUUCGGCAUCGUCUGUGCAACAAUCAACAACACAGCAUCCACCACCAACACCCCCAUCGUCAACAAUUUCCAGCAACAAAAGACGCAGCAGUAGUUUCAACUUUGUUCUGCCAUCGCUAACUAGUGAUUUGGUGUACAAUGACCAUGAUGAAGCAUUAAUUUCACAGAAAUCGGCUGGUUCGUCUUCAUCCACACCACCUGCGGGAUCUCCAGGCGUAACUCGAUCCAAUAGUGGGAAAAAGGGUUUAUUUAGUUCCUUAUCUUCUAAAUUCAAGAGUCUGUCUUCGACAUUACAGCAGCAGCAACAACAACAACAACAACAACAACAACAACAACAGCAACAAUCAUCAGCAUCCCAACCACAAGCCCCUCGAUCUCCAGCACAAGCUCCGGUAUCACCUAAAUUGAAUCCAAGUUUGAUUGGCUCAGGUGCUGGUCCCAAGAGACACGAAGAUUUGAUAUCAAUGACUGAUAAAUUGCCUGCAGGUAUGGGCAUUCCAUCACGUCGAAGAAGUUCAAGCAAUUCGAAAUCUGGCACAGGUCUGCUUUUUAAAGAUUCUUAUCAGGAUGAGAAUCCAAUAAGUUCCUCACCAAGUGAAAGUCGAGGAGGGUUUUUCAGAAGAAGAUCUUCAGCAGCGCCACUUUCAAGAACUGCAUCUGCUCCAACUACUAGACCGCAACGUAUCGUACUAAACAAAAACAAGCAUAGAAAGCCUAUCCCCCUCAAAGAUUUGAAAGAUGUUAAGCUUCGUCGUGUUUCAUUUGCUAUUGACAAGUUGGAAUACGAUCCACAACAACAAAUCCCAUCCCGCAAACCGAAAAAGGGGAAUGUCUUGAUACCACAAGAUCUCAAUGCGCCUCCACCGCGAUUAUGCUUGGGAAUAGCUUCGAGUGAUGGCAAUAAAGAUGGUCAAGGACAGUCGACACCACAAUAUAGUGAGAGAGAUGUGGCUAUGGCUGUUGAAGCGCAAAAGAGGGCGCUAGCUGAGGCGGAAAAACAUUCAUACGAGGCCCAUUUACAAGCCAAGAGGAUUGCCCAAGAAGUGGCCAAUUUCAAGCCAUCAAAAUCAAAAUUGAAAAAUGGUGAUGUUGGCGAAACUAUGGAGGAUCAAGAAGAGGAAGAGGAGGAGAUUGAUGCCAAAGUCAGUCAACGGAAAUUGGCAAAUGAUGCGCAAAUUGACCAACCAUUGCACAUGCAUGAACAACAUUUUGAUGACGAGCGCGAACAAUUGAAUAAUGAAAUGACAUUGGAGACAAUUUACACCAGGUGUUGCCAUUUGAGAGAGAUUUUACCCAUACCUGCAACGUUGAAACAAUUAAAGAACAAAGAAGCUCCAUUGGAAGUUUUGAAAAUGCUCAAUCCGAAACCAACAUUGAUUGACGUUUUGUCAUUUUCUGAUUUUAUUGCCAUUACGCCAAUCAAUGCAGUGAUUUUCGACAAUGUCACCAUGACGACGGAAAUGUUGAAGAUUAUUCUUGGUUGCUUGUCACAAAAUAAGGCAUUGGAGAAACUUUCAUUACGAAAUGUGGCUAUUGACAGUCAUGGGUGGAAAUUGCUAUGUGCAUUCCUAGCUUUGAACAAGACGGUCAAGAAGUUGGAUAUUUCACAGCAACGGAUCAAAUCAGAUGCCAGUCCCAACUGUGUUCGAGGAAACUUGAAUUGGAGGAUAUUCACUGAUGCAAUUGUGUACCGAGGUGGAAUUGAAGAGUUGGUAAUCAAUGGGUGUAAAUUGCCUGAUAAUGUGUUUAAUGAGUUGAUCAACAAAGCAGUCAAGAUUGCCACCAGAAGAUUGGGUGUUGCUUCAAUGGAGAUGAAUUCGACAAAGGCACAGAUCGUCGCCAAUUAUGUGAGUGACCCCAAUGCAAACUGUGUUGGAGUUGAUAUUGCAUUUAAUGAUCUAAGUCAAGGACAGCUUCGACCAUUUAUCGAUGCAUUCAACAGUGGGAAUGAUAAAUUGAUGUUUCUUUCGAUCAAUUCAACACAUUUGACCAAUGUUCAAGAAACUGCUGAGUUGUUAAAGAGUUUGAUUAAUGUAAAGAUGUUGCGGUUUUUUGACAUGAGUUCAAUCCCUCAAGUAUUUCCUGAUAUCAUUGCAUCAUUGGCGGAGUAUCUACCACAAUAUGGUAAUUUGCGAAGAUUACAUUUAGAUUUGAAUGAAUUGUCAGCGCAAGCAAUUGGAUCCAUAGCCAUGUUUUUGCACAAAGUCCCCAACUUGGUUCAUUUAUCACUACUAGGCAAUCGCAAUUUAAACCAUUCAGCAGCGGCAACGUUAUACGCAGCAGUUAAACAAUCAACCACUUUAUUCGCAUUGGACUUGGAUUAUGACUUAGUCAGUGAUGAAUUAUCACAACGAAUUGCAUUUUAUCUCAUGAGAAACAUGGACAUGUCUUUGAAUACCCAGUACCCCAUGACAUCAUUAAACAAAGAAGAGGAUCUUAUGUAUGAUGGAUCGUUGUUGAUGGAAACUGCUGAAAAAUUGUUGAGUGAGAAGGACCACUCUGACCAACAACAAGAUGAUAAAAUUCAGCAAAUUGUGUCCAAUGCUAUGCUUGAGAGAACAAAAGCAAUACGAAAAGAAAUACACAUGGCAAUUGACAAUUUGUUUGCCAAAAGAGCUAGUGGACAAUUAUCAUUUGAAGGAAAAGAGAGUCUUGUUCGGUUUUGUUUACUAGAUUCGUCAUUGGAAAAGAUAUUGGACACGUUUGAAGAACACGCACGGAAAGUGACAUCGACAGAUGCGACAUCCGAGCAACAACAACAACAACAACAACAACAACAACAACAACAACAACUGCAGCAACAACAACAAUACUCACCACCAAGAAAGCAUCAAACACCUGAAAUCAAAGUCCAUCUGGAGCCAGAUUCAUUGCAUCAAAGCUCAACGGAGUUGAUUAGUGCUGGUCCAAUCUUAUCCCCACGCGCAUCAAAUUUCCAACCCGUUACAUCAUAUUUCUCCUCCAAUGAUGUCAAUUUAACUCCUCAUCAAGUUGUCGUUGAGUCCAAUGAUGAAGGUAGAGACGUUAUAAUUGACAAGAUUACUGGGCGUCCAGUACUCAUGCGAUCAGCCAGUCAAAGUAGUCUUCAUGCCAAACAACAAGAAAUUGAAGAAGGAGAAUUUCACAAGCUUGGGAUAUUUAUGCAACUGAGAGAAAAUCCAACAACUGAGCCUAGCGGUGGCAGUGCUGGUGCUGGUGGUAACAAAAGGGGACUUCCAUUGUUGAAUUCAUUGCCCUCUGGCUCGGAAUUGCGAGAUGCAAUAAUUGCCGCCAAGGGUAUUGAAAAUGUCGAUGAUUUGAUUGAUAAGAUUAAUAACAAUAAAAUCGGUCUUGAGAUAUUGGAUAAGAGAGAUGAGGUGAAGGGUUUGGAACAACCAGUGCAACAACAGAAACCGCAGCAGCAGCAACAACUGGAGCAGCAGCAACCGCAGCAGCAACCGCAGCAGCAACCGCAGCAGCAGCAGCAGCAGCAGCAGCAGCAACAGCAACAACCACAGCAACACGAUCCAGCCACUGCGUCAAUGGGAGAUGUAAGCUCGGAAGAGUCCAAAGAUGAAUCAUUGAAUCCGGUAGUUGAUAAAGUAUAUGACAGGUUAUUAAACGACGCCGAACGUGUUAGACAAAAGCAUGAGGUACAACAUUAG